AUGGACAAAAAUAUUAAAUUAAUAUCUAUUUUCGGAAACAACAGAGAUUUAAAAAGAAAUAUUCAUAUAAUAACUAAAAAUAAAAUAGGAUAUAUUAUUGAAAAUAUUAUAUAUGUUCUAAAUUUAGAAGAAAAUAUAAUUAAUUUAUAUAAGAAGCAUAUUGGUUAUAUAUAUAUUUUUAGAUAUUCUAACCAUCUAAAGUUAGCCUUAACAUGUGAUUUUAAUCAUUAUACAGGUUGUUACGUGUCUUUGUGGGAUAUUGAUGAAUAUAAAGAAAAAUAUAAUAUAAAAAUAAAAAAUAUAGAAAGUUAUGAUUUUUUUAAUUAUACUUUUAAUAAUAAACAAAUAAUUCAUAAAAAUGAUAUUUCUUAUAAACAAUGUAUGAUAUCAGAUAUUAAUUUUGUAGAUGCUCUUGAAUGUUUAGUAAUACUAACUAACGAUAAAUAUAAAACUAUAAGUUUUUGGUCUUUAUUAAAUACACAAAAACCUAUCUUAUGUAUAUAUACUCAUAUGAAUAAAAUAGAAAAAAUAUUUUUAUGGUUUAAUUAUGAUAUUUAUAAAAAUAAUAUAAGGGAUAAUAAAAAUAUAUAUGAUUAUUUAGAAUAUUUAACAAUUUUAACUUAUAGUUCAAAAUGUUUAUAUAUGUGGUAUUUUUCUUUUUAUAUAGAAUUGAAAAUAAAUUGUUUUAAACCUAUUUAUAAUAAUUUAAUUCCUUUAGAUAAAAUUUCAACUAUUUGUUCAAUUAAUACAAAUAAAUAUUUUAUAGGAACAAAUAAAGGAAAUAUUUAUUUAUUCGAUAAAUAUAUUGCUAAAAAAUAUUAUGAAAUAUCUAAAAGUUGUAUUAAAUUAAUAUUUUUACUUGAUAAUAUACUGAUAUGUAUCUUAAAAAAUGGAAUGAUUUAUCGAAUUAAAGAAUUAGACAAUAAAACUAAAUGUAACAAAUCAGAUAUAAAUGUAUUAUUAAAUAAUUAUUACAAAAAAAAAUUCCAAAUAGAAGAAAAUAUAGUACCAUUUAAGUGGAUAAAUUAUUCAGAAUAUUAUUUGAAUUUUAUAUUGAUAGCUACAAAUACUCAUGUUAUUCUAAUGAAUAUAUAUAACGAUGAAUUUAUAAUUCUAAAAGAAAUAUUUGAAAAUGAUAUAUAUAUAUCUACAUUUAUACAAAGUAAAAAUAAAUAUAUUAUUGCAAUGAUUAAUUUUUAUAAAGAAGAUAAAAGUUUAAUAAGGAUGUUAAAUCUUGAUAACACAUUAUAUAAUUGUCCUUUAGUUGUAGAAGGAAAAGUUAAUUGUAUCAUUUCCACUCAUAACAACAAAAAACAAAAAAAAAAAAAUUAUGUAGAAAAGACAGAAGAAAAUGAGAAUGAAGGAAAUAAUAAUAAAUUCAAAUGUUUUUGUGAAGAUAAAUAUCAAAUGGAUUUAAAAAAUGAAAAAAAAAAAAUUAUACGAAAAGAAAAAAAUAAUAUAAGCAAUAUUUUUGUAUUUUCAAUAAAUAAUAAAAUAGUAUUUUACGAAGAGUUAAAUUCAGUUUUAUCUUCCUUUUAUUCAAUUUCUUAUUCACAUAAUAGAUAUGUUACUUGUUUUGAAUUUAGUAAAGAUAAUAAAUAUUUAUUUUGUGGUUUUAAUGAAGGAUCAAUUUAUAUUUAUACAAUAUUUAAUAGUAGUUGUUAUAAUUUUUAUAAUGAUCAUAAUAUAAAUAAAUUUAAAUUUAUAGAUAUGAAUAAUAAAUAUUGCAUAGCUCUUUAUAAAAUAUUUAGAAACAGUAUUGAAACCAUUGAUAUGAUAAAAUUGUACGAUAUAAAUAAUAUGAAAUUGAUUGUUAGUUCAAAUAAAAAAUUAUAUUUAUAUAAUUUAUUUGAAAAUAGUAUUAAAAAUAUUUUAAAUUUAUCAUUAAAUUUGAAUUUGUCUUUUUUUGAAUUAUUUGAAGAUUACAUUAAUGAUGAUAUAAAACUUGCAAAUUCCUUCUUUAAAAAGCUCAUUGAAGAAAAUAUUAUUUUAAAUAAAAAAGAUAUCCUUGAAUCAAACAUAAAUAUUUAUUUAAGAGAUGUAUUAAAUGAUAUACAAUUCCGUUAUAAAAUUAUUUAUUUAAGAAAAGAAAAAAAAGAUGAUACAUUAAUUGAUAAUGAUAAUAUUUUUAUUAAUGUGCUUGAUAAAAAUAAAAUAAAUUAUAAAAAAGAAGAAACAUAUAUAAAGAAAAAAAUAAAUGAUAUAAGUGAAACAAACCUUGAGAAUUAUGUAAAUAAUAAUGACUGUAAAGAUUAUCAAAAGGAAAUUAAUAAUAAUAAAGUUUCAUACUAUAAUUUAUAUAUAUUUAAUAAAGUUAUAUUUUUUAUGAAGAAUAAUUUUGAAGAAAUAAGAAAAGUAGUAGAACAAAGAAAUGUAUAUAAUAAAAAUGAUACAAAUAACAUAUCAAAUCCUAAUUCUUCUUCUAACAUAUUAAGUAAUAAAAAUGGAAAUGAUAGAAUAAUUAAUUAUCAUACUACUACUGACAAUAAUAUUAUUGAUUUUAUGUCAGAAAAUGCUUGUAUCAAUAAUUUAAUGAAUACCUUAAUUUUUAAAAAAGAUAUUUUUUAUACUGAAUUAAAUUUAGAUGGAAACUUAAUGUUAUGUUCAUUUAAAGAUGUAGUAUUUGUAUAUCUAAUAAAAGAUGAUAGUCAAUUUUAUAGUAAGAGAGAAUGUAAUUAUUCUAAAUUUUUGGGAAACAUUAUAGAUGUGAACUUAUUAGAAAAUAAAAUAUGUCCAUUUAAUUAUGAUGAUUUUCCUAUUAUUAUAUGUGAAAAUAAAUUUUUAAAUGAUUAUGGGGAGAAUUAUUUUUAUAAUAGCUAUCAAAAAAAAAAUAUCAAAACAAAUAUCAAAACAAAUAAUGAAAAUCCAAUAAUUUUCAAAAAUAUAUUACAUAAUGAUGAUUAUACAAAACAUAUAAUAAUUAAAAAUGAUGCAGACAUCCAAAACAAAAUUAGAGAUGCUAAAGAUAAAGAAAAUUUAGAUGGAAAUAAUUCUGAUUUAUUAGAAAAAGUUGAAGAAAAAUAUCACAAUGUCAUUUUUAUGUAUAAUGAUUAUUUAUCUUUCGAAAAAUGUUCUAAUAAAUAUAUUUCUGAAAAUAAAUAUAAUCAUAAAAAUUCUGCUUUAAAUAGUAAUAAAAUGAAAAAUAUUUUAUCUCCUCAAUACAAAUUUUCCUCUUAUUUAAAUACAAAUUCAACACGUAUGUUAAAAGUACCUUAUGCUAUUGAUUAUAAAGAAGAACAAAAAAAAAUAACAAACAAAAAACCAAAUGAAGUUUCUAGAAGUAUUUAUUUGGAAAAUGGUAUAAAUUCUGUAAAUGAAAAUACAAAUAAUAAAAACACUUUUUAUUACAAAAUAAUACAUUCUAAUUACUUCUAUGAAGUUUUUAUCUAUGUUAAAGGAGGAAAUAUAGAUAGAAUAGAAAAAACAAAAAGAAAUUCUUUAAAAUUUAUUUCCACUCAAAUGGAAGAGGAAAAUAUACUAGAAAUAAAUAUUCCUUCAACUAUAAGAGUUUAUUAUGAGCAAAUUUUAAUACAAAUGAAUUCUUUGCAUAAUAUAUGCUAUUUGUCUAUUCCUAUUUUAGAAAAGAAAGAAUAA